AAGAAAAAAACUAAGUAGGGUUUUAGCUUGUGUACCGUCACCAAAACGACAACACUCCAUACGUCGUUUCCAUCACCACCGAAAAUUCCUUCAUUGCAACGCUUCAUAGACUCUCUUCACUCUGCCCAUCGCAAAUUCGACAAAAUCACUAAAGGAGUGUUCUGUUCAAUGCUUCACCAAUAAUUUCUGAAAUUUGAGAAAGUUUGGGUUUUGGUUGAACCUUUAUGGAGAUGGCUAUAGUUGAAUCAGUAAGGAAUAUUCCUUUGCAAGACCCAUCUGAGGAAGAGUUUUCUGCUGCUGACUUGACAUGGACUAAGUUUGGUAGUGCUGAACAUUAUGAUGAGGUUGCUCUUAUUCCUUAUGAUAGAGUUGAUGCUUUUAUAAUUGGGGAGUGUUCGAAUGUGUUGUGUCCGACUCGGUUUCAUAUCGAAAGAGGAAGGAAACGGACUAUUGGUACCUUGAAGGAGUAUAAGGAUGAUGAAUAUCUUGAGUACAGGCAGUACUGGUGCUCAUUUGGCCCAGAAAAUUAUGGGGAGGGUGGAGAGAUACUACCUAGUCGGAGAUAUCGACUCAAUACUCGAAAUCGUGCUGCUAGACCUCAAUCAAUGCGUGGUUGUACCUGUCAUUUUGUUGUCAAACGUCUUUAUGCUCGUCCAUCACUUGCACUUAUUAUAUACAAUGAGAGGCGUCAUGUUAAUACGUCUGGUUUUAUCUGCCAUGGACCACUUGAUAGAGAUGCUAUUGGCCCAGGUGCCAAAAAGAUUCCAUAUAUAUGCAAUGAAAUUCAGCAGCAAACAAUGUCCAUGAUAUAUCUUGGCAUUCCAGAAGAGAAUAUCUUGGAGAAACAUAUCGAAGGGAUUGAGCGAUAUUGUGGUCCAAAUGCACAAGUCAAUAGCCUUGCUUCUCAGUACGUUCACAAGCUGGGCAUGAUUAUCAAAAGGUCUACUCAUGAGCUGGAUUUGGAUGAUCAAGCUAGCAUCCGCAUGUGGGUCGAACGAAAUAGAAAAUCUGUAUUUUUUCAUCAGGAUACUUCAGAGUCAGACCCUUUCAUCUUAGGGAUCCAAACAGAAUGGCAGCUGCAACAAAUGGUUCGUUUUGGUCAUCGUAGUAUUGUUGCUGCAGACUCAUCGUUUGGUGUGAAGAGACUUAAAUAUCCCUUGUUCACGCUACUUGUUUUUGAUUCAAGACAACAUGCACUUCCUGUCGCAUGGAUCAUUACACGAAGCUUUGCAAAGCCUGAUGUGUCUAAAUGGCUUAAAGCUUUAAUUGACCGAGCUCGUAGUGUUGAGCCUGGAUGGAAAGUCAGUGGAUUUUUAAUUGACGAUGCUGCAGCUGAUAUUGAUCUUUUGAGUGAUAUAUUUGAUUGUCCCGUCCUAUUUUCACUAUGGCGUAUUCGUAGAUCAUGGCUAAGGAAUAUUGUGAGGAAAUGCAAUAAUAUCGAGGUUCAGCGUGAGAUUUUUAAGCGUCUAGGGACAAUUGUGUACAGCAUUUGGGGAGGCACAAAUACGUCACUUGCCUUGGAACAACUUAUGCUGGAUUUUGUUGACCAAACUGAUUUCUUGGAAUAUUUCAGAGUGUCCUGGCUGCCCAAGAUUGAAAUGUGGCUUUCAACAAUGAGAAAUGUGCCACUGGCAAGCCAGGAAGCCUCUGGAGCAUUAGAAGCCUACCAUGUUAAACUGAAAGCUAAACUUUUUGAUGAUUCACAUCUCGGAGCGCUGCAAAGAGUAGAUUGGUUAGUCCAUAAGUUAACAACUGAGUUGCAUUCAAGCUACUGGCUUGAUCGUUUCGCUGAUGAAAGUGAUUCUUUCCAGAAUGUGAAAGAAGGUUAUAUUGCUUCUACGUCAUGGCACCGAGCACUUGAAAUUCCCGACUCUGCUGUCACCUUGGACGAUAAAAACCGCCUCUUUGCCAAAGUUGCGAGCAAGAAAGACAGCAGCUUAACACAUAUAGUUUGGAAUCCGGGAUCUGAAUUUUCAUUCUGUGAUUGUUCUUGGUCAUUGCAUGGUAACCUAUGCAAGCAUGUCAUCAAGGUAAACAUGAUUUGUGAAAAUCUUCAAGGUUGUCAAUCGUCAAUGUCUUUUCGGUCGUUUGAAGAGGUUUUAAUGGAUCUAUGGAGAAAACCAGUUGACGAUUCGUUUGCGUUGGACUUGUCAUUGGCUUGGACCCACCAAAUGCUAGAUCAAAUUCAAAAACUUGUUGAACUGAAUAAUUCAACUGAUAUUGGUACUGUAGUAAACAAUAUGCCUCUGAAAUGGGUUUCAAAGAAACGCAGAACCAACAUUGGCAAACGAUCUUCAAUUUCGGCAACUCCUUCUGGUAACCGUAACACGAAAAGUGUUGUUGUGUAUAAGAAGAAUCGGAAGCGGAGAAGGUUGUCACAACUAAGAUGACUGAUUCUGUCCAUGAUGUUUUAACCUAUGAUAACUCUGCUUAGUUAAAAGUGGAUUUCAUUUAAAGAAUUUCUUUAAAUAUCUCCGGAUUCUAGCUCCAUUGCCUGUUCUCAACUUUGAAGUUGCAACUUCUACCAAGGGUUAGCAUACAUCCUAUCACUAUCAAACAAAGUUAUUGCUAUGAUUAUGCGCAUGAUCCGUCAUAGGAGAUAGAAUGGAGGAAUCGAAAGCAAUUCCAGUCGGUAUGUUUUGUUCAACUUUUAUACCUGACAAUACUUCUAGGUGAUCACUCCUGAGACAGAGUAGUGGUCGGUUUUACAUAAAAGUUUGAAGUCAUUCCUUAGUGUUUCAUAUUUUUAUCUCUAGUUUCCACAAUCAUAUGCUAGCCUAAAAAUUAAUUUAUUGAAUCAUUUUAUAUCAUACCAUCUCCAUUGUUCUAAAUUCUAAUUUGAAGUCAUUUCCGGUGCUUAGUUUACCGAGGAAGAUAGAUCUUUCCAUGGAUCAUUUCUUUUUGUUUUCUGGCUGUGAUGUUUUUGUUCUUGAAUUUACUUGUUAUGUACAUAUACAAUUUGUUGGCAUAUUAUUGCUCAGAAUUUUGAUUUUAA